GUUAUUACUAUCUUGAUAAUAUUUUGCAACGGAAAAGUCUCUACAUCAUCCUCUAUCAAAUUCAGAUUCAAGCUUACUCUUCAACUAUCCAAUAACAAACGUGACGAUGAAGAAUUCAAAAUCAUCGUUCAUCAAAUUGAUCAACUCUUCUGGUGAAAUUGAUAGAAAAACCACCAACCUUAAUGAAGAGCCUCGGGUUAGCCAUCAAUCUGCGACAUGUGGCAUCUCCAACGCCCUAAGACAACCGGAAAUUCAGCUUCCAAACGAAGUAUUGAACCUUAUUUGGAGCCAUAUGGAUAUCGUAAAGCCACGAAAUGUUACAGUUAGAUGUAAGAAAGUAGGAGAAAGCUUCGAACUAUGGACCAAUGAGCCAUAUUCUAUAGCUUUACGUGUUUGUCGACAAUCUCGACAGUGGUUUAAGGACCAACAUCGCAACAAGCUACACAACGUAGCUUCCCUUGCGCAGACUGGGGGCUACAUCGGAUCAUUAAGUCCGCUCAAAAAUCUUUGGUUCAAUCCACAAGUUGAUCGCAUUUGCCCGAUUAUUGAAGGAGAUUGGAGUGACGAGGCCUUCAUUACCUUGUGUAGUGUCAUGCAGACCACUGGAGUUGCUAGUGUCGCAGUGAGUGACUGUUCCCAUGAAUCCGCCAUCUAUAGUCCUUGGGCGGCCUACUACAGACUUAGCAACAUUGAUAACUGGAGCUUGAGUUUCAAAGAAACAAUAGUCUAUACAACAAAAAGCGACAUCAAUGAGAACGGCCAAAUCAAGCUCGUUGAAUGGACAGAAGAUGUCAAGCUGGAUAUGUUGCAAGAGAAGCGCCGCAGAAUCCAGAUCAACUACAAGGCUAGACCGACCUUUAAAAGGGUCUCGGAAGCAUAUGCGGAUCAAAAGAUUGCAGAUGCUCAAGCAAGCUUUGAGGGGAAGGUAGCAAGGAAGACGCCUAAUCUACCAUUCUGGCUCCAUCAGAUCAAGAAGGAAUGGGAUGGUCUGGAGUUGCAGAUCAUGGUUGAAGCUGGCACGGUCGAUCGCCAAGAAGAGCAUCUUGUUAGCGAAGCUUCAUUCGAUGAUAAUAGCGAUAAUGGAGAUAGUGGUUAUGAACACAGCCAAUAUGAGGCUAAGGAAGUCAGCGAGGCAGAUGAGGAUGAGGAACCUGAAGAAGACGAAAGUAUCACAGACGAAAACAGCGACGACGAUAUCGAGAAUUGAUCAGUGGCUAGCUAAAUUCAUAAGGCUUUUUGUGUGAUAUAAUACCGUCAGCUUCACACAGAAAAAGGUAUCUAAUGAUACUUGUUGCAUGAGGAACCUUUGAUAAUCAUGAAGAGUCAUGCCACUCUCGACGUCGGACCUCGGGCAAAGCUUUCAGAAAAUGAUGAGACAAGUACUUGCAAGUAGCAAUAUAUUUAAAUAAAGAGUA